AUGUCCCAUUCAAAACACAACACAUCACUUGCCUUCUUCACUUCGCAUGAACGCUCACUUCUCCGCUCAAGCUGGGGAAGCCAAUCGGCCCGACUCACGCGCGACUCGUUUCUGCCCGUCGGCUACUGCCGGCUAUGUCUUAGCUAUGCACGGAAUCCGGUGGCGUGUGCUGGUGCUGGCGAGAACACCAUCGUCAACACCGACGGCACAAGCAGAGGUAAAGGCGAGGGGAAGGGUAGAGUGAAGGUCCAUCUAUUCUGUCGCGAGUGUGCGCUAAACGAUCUCGUCGCGCAGAGGAAGGAGAUCAAGCGUCUCGAGCGCGAGGAGGAGGUUCGCGAGCAGGAAGAACGGGACUCGAAGGCUCGUGAGCAAGAAGAACAGCGACGGAGGGAUGUUGAGAUGUUUGAGCGUGCGGAGGCCGGAUUCGAGGAUGACAUGGAGAGUGGGAUCCGAGGUGUCAAGAGGAAACGGCAGGCUGAGGAGAUGCAUGCUUCUACUGCUAGCUCACUGUCGCGGAGAGAUGAGCAUGGGGAGAAAAAGGCCAAGCCUUCUUCUAAUUCUGCUUUGUCUUCAGAGGCCAGUUUCUGGAUCCCGGGCUCUGAGGCGCUUUCCACUUCUGUAUCGAAAAUUACGUCGACUUCCAAAAAGCAGAAACUACAUCCUCUCUGCCCUGCAUCCACGCCGGAGACCAAACACGCAUACUCGCUGAAGACACUCAUCAAUGUGUCUUUUGCGGAGAGCAACGAGACGAACACGAGCACCGACGAACCGACACGGAUAUGUCCAAGUUGCAAGAAGGCGCUGACCAAUACGUCAAGACCAAUGCUCGGGACAGCGGAGGGAUGUGGCCAUGUUCUUUGUGGUGGGUGUGUGGAUGUAAUUCGGAAGACUGAACAAGGGAUUCGGUGUUUUGUCUGCGAGGCCGAUUUGAGUGGUGGCAAUACUCCAGAGGAAAGUAUACGAGCCAGGGAAGAAGGGGACAGGGAAACAGGGAGUGGGAAGACAAAAUGUCAUGAGAAAGAUAGACAAAAGAAAGACAAGGAAAAGAAAGCGGGCAGGCUUGUGGAGCUCAGUUGCGGAGGCACCGGGUUUGCUAGGGGAGGAGCGAAUGUUGCGAAACGAGACGGCGUGGCUUUUCAAUGCUAG